UUCUCUCCUCUCCUCUCCUCUCGUCCUCCCCCUCGCACGCACCGCAUUUGCCCAACCAAACCAAACCCUUCCCUGCCCUUCCCCUCCCCACCGGCGCCCUAACCCUCAGCAAGCCCCUCGCCACCAGCCGCCAUGAAGGCCAAGGCCGGCGCCGACACCGAGUUCAAGGCCACGGGCAAGCGCAAGAAGGCCGGCGCCGUCGGCAAGCCCAAGCGCGGGCUCACCCCCUUCUUCGCGUUUCUGGCUGAGUUCAGGCCGCAGUACAUGGAGAAGCACCCUGAGGCCAAGGGCGUCGCGGCCGUGACCAAGGCCGCGGGGGAGAAGUGGCGCGCAAUGUCCGACGAGGAGAAGGCGCAGUAUGGCGGGAGCAAGAAGCAGGAUGACAAAGCAAGCAAGCCUGCAAACAAGAAUAAGGAGAGCACUAGCUCCAAGAAGGCCAAAACUGACGGCAAGGAGGAGGGAGAAGGUUCUGACAAGUCCAAGUCUGAGGUCGAGGAUGAUGAUGAUGAUAAGGAUGGCAAUGAUGACGAAGAUGAGGAGUAAAUAGUAGGUUAAUGAACAGCAACUAUGCAAAUGGUGCUUGCUUCUUUUCGACUUUGCUUGCUAUGUUGCUGCCCUAUUUAUGUUAUAUGCUGUAAGGAAAAUCUGUAGAUGAAGGUACCCUAGGACUAUGGCAUGCUGGAGUGUCUGUUUAACUAUUAGCAAGGAAAGAGCUGGAUACUGUUGACCUCUUUUUUUUGCAAGCCUCGUCAGCAUGUGCAAACAGUUGUUUUGCUUGUUUUAUCGACUAAUUCAGUGAGUACCCUGCAGUUGGCUAA